AUGGUCGCAGCGUCGUCGUCUUCGCGGGCUAAGCCCGUGAAGCGCGUGAAGGGUGGCACAGAGACGACCAAGUCGCAUCGAUUCGAGCCGUUUUCCCAGCGUGUCGCAAAGUUGAAGAUCGACCCCAUCCAUCGUGUGCGCCGACCCAGCUUUGGGGAAGAAGCCGAUGAGACCUCGUCCUACUUCCGGUCGGCCUUCGAGCACUGGGUCGAGUUGAAUUUGUCGGAUAAUUUCGUCCACUUUGUCCGCAAGGUGAACCCGCUGUGCGAGAGUUUGGCCCAGAUUCUGUACCACGAGGACAAGAUUAUGAGCCUGCUGGUGGAAUUCAUUGAGAAGAGGGACAGUUUGUCGAUGGAGCCGCUGCUGGGUCUUAUGGCCCAGUUCGCAAGGGAUUUGGGCGUCAGGUUUGAGAAGCAUUUCGCGACGGCGGUCACUCUGGUGGCGUCCGUUGCCGCAAGCCAUUCCGAUGUCGAGGUCGUCGAGUGGUCCUUCAGCUGUUUGGCCUGGAUCUUCAAGUUCCUUUCCCGGCUUUUGGUGCCCGAUCUUAGACAGCUUCUUGGUAUCAUGACGCCGUACCUCGGAAAAGAGCGCCAAAAGUCGUUUGUUGCCCGCUUCGCCGCCGAGUCCAUGUCCUUCCUUAUCCGCAAGGCCGGCCUCGUCUAUUACAAAAAUGCAACUCCCCUCCAGCGCGCCGUGUCCUUCCUACUUGAUGACCUACGCCAGGCUGCCGAAGACGGAAACAAUGUGGAGAUGUAUAAGGAAGGUCUCAUGGCGAUGUUUGCCGACGCCAUCAAGGGUGUCAAGUACGGCAUUCACUCCAACGGAGCCGACAUUCUCAGCUGUAUCUUGGACCAUAUCUCAACCGGCGACGAUUUACGGAGCAGUCUGGGACUGGACGUUGCUAGCGGAGUUGUGAUCAACAUCAUCCAUUGCACUACACCCGACACCUUCGAGCCGAUUCUUGAUCUCAUCAAAACGUAUAUCGAAAAGAACUGCCGUAAAGGGGAGAAGCAGCACGCCAAUGCAUGCUGCCGGCUGAUUUUCCUGUGUAUUGCUACUCGCAAGGGAACCAGGGUCAAGAACUGGAAGCCCGUUCAUCAGACACUGCUCCUUUUGCUCCAGAACGCUGCAGGUGCGUCUAGUGCAUACGCCGAAGCCACCCCACAGCUUCUUACCGCAGUCGCCUAUGCGCUACAAGUUUCUCCUAUGGAUGAGAUGCUGCCAUUCAUGCGCUCGAUCAUGGACGCUGUGAGCAAGGACGAACUUUCGACGCACUUCCUCGGUUUCUGUGCCACAUUUUCGGAAUGGGGACCGGAGAGAUUCCACAGUGUUGUCCUUCCUUAUUUCCAAAAGUUUGUCAAUAAUUCAUGGCAAGAUCACGAGCACGACCUUUGCCUGGCAUUGCUCCGGCUGAACCAGGCUGGUUGCAUCACGUCUGAGGUCUCCAAGCCUGGCUACAUCACUUGUCCUGCUUCCUGGAAAUCCCGGGUCAAAGACACCUUCAGCAAGUCUGACCACAAUGAUACUGAAGUUACUCUACUCAGCGCAUACGCCAAACUCCCCAGCGCCUUGUCGCUUUCAGCGGAACCGUCUCUCAUACCCGAAAUGACCAGCACUCUUCAUAGGCAUCUUGUUCGCGUAUUAAAGCAGAAGAAUCCUGAUACAUCCGCUACAACCAAGCUUUUCUUGGGCCAAGGGUUCAAGACUUAUGUGGACCUUGCGACGACUGCUAACGAACUCGACAAGACUCUCUGGGACCGUAUUAGCAAGGUCGCGGCGCAAUACUCUCGCCUCCCGGUCUUCCUCCAGGCCACGUUAGACUACAUCUCAGCGUGCAAUAAGGAUAUCGACAUUAAGGGCUCAGCCAUCGAAGAAUUUGCGGAAGUCUUAAUCUCCAAUCUUAGCGGUCCCUCCCACAAGCUGCGGUUGUUGUCCUUGAGGAUUUUGCGUGAACUCAUCUUGGCUUCUGGAGAAGACGCUGAACUUGUCUCUCUGGCAAUCGAAAUCGAGGAGAGCCCGUUGACCUUGCAGAGCGCUAGGGUUCUGGCAAUGCAUGUGCGCAAGCUUGCACUGGCUUACCCGCAGGUCGUUUCGCGCAGAUGGAUGGCUAGACUGCUCCCCAAUUUCUGCUUUGGUUUGUUGUCCAAGAAGAUGGCGCCUCUGUGGGACGAUGCUGCUGCUGCCAUGAAGUCGAUGUGCGAAAACCCCGAGGGCGAAAAGAUAGUUUCAGACUUGGCAUUCCAGUGGCUCCAUGAGAGAGGGUCGGGCGACGCAACGACAGAUGCGGAGGAGGAGGACCCCGAGUCCUAUGUCGGAGGACACUACACUUGCUCCAAUGCAGCCAAAAUUGAAGACAUUUCUUCUAAAUACUUCGAAAACCCGGAGAGUCCGGCUACGACUUUGGCUGAAGGAUUUGAGAAGGACCACACCUUCACCGGCGUCAUUCCGGCAUCGCCGAGGACACAGGCUUUGCGUGUUCUCAAUGCCGUACCGAACAUUGCUGAGAAGAAGUCUCGCCAGGUUAUUCCAUUGUUCCUUUCUUGGGCUCUGCGUGACGAGGAAGAUGUUCCUACUGGUGGUGAUUCUGACACUGCUGACUCCUAUAUUCCAUGGGGCUUCCAUGAUCGGCUGUCUUUCCUCGCUCUCCUUGGAAAAUUCAUUAACCCUCGUGUGCUGUACAAGGCACCAGAGGUCCAUGAAGCCCUCAUGGGCUUGCUGUGCCACGGUAACUCUGAGAUCCAAAAAUCUGCACUCAAAGCUCUUUUCACCUGGAAGUCUGCGAGCAUCACCCCUUACCAAGAGAAUCUUCUGAACAUUCUGGAUGAGUCACGUUUCAAGGAUGAGCUCUCUGUAUUCGUCCGUAUCGGGGGUGACGAUAAUCUGAUCGAAGAAGCCCACCGGGUCGAGCUUGUUCCUGUUCUCCUCCGGCUUCUGUAUGGUCGCAUGAUCUCGAAGGCUGGUGCAAGCUCUGGCCAGGCAGGCCAAGCCGGCCGCAGAAAGGCUGUCCUCAGAACUUUGUCGCAGCUGCCUGAUAAGGAAUUCGAGAUCUUCAUGCAGGUUUCUUUCGGAGCACUUGGAGAACUUGAUUUGGUCCAGGACAACCAGGUCAAUCAACAAGCUUUCGAACAAGAACUUGUCAGCCCUAGACGCCAGACUGGUUUGUUGAAGAUGAUUGAAACCGUUUUCGAGACGCUUCAAAGCCGGAUGGUCCCUUACGCAGAGAAGUCUAUGCAGGUUGUUCUUUACUGUCUCGUUCGGGCAUGCCGCGAGAUUGAAAAGGACCAGGCACCCGCUGCCGAUUCACCAGAGGGUCGUUUGUUAACCGUUUUGCGCAAUAUUCGACACACAUGUAUCCGUUGUCUGGAGCUUAUCUUCUCCAACACCCAAGAUCAGGAUUGGUCGCCCUACGUGCGCAUAAUCUAUGAGGACGUGAUUAACCCCAGGCUCGAGAACUUUGCAACCGAAACGGCUCAGGGUGUAUCAGGUCUCCUCAAGUUGUUCCAUGUCUGGGCCUCUGCUCCUAAGUCAUCAUUCUACCUUGUCCAAUACAACGAUGCUCUGCUGAAGAAGGUCGUGGACUGCCUGGGUGUGGAUUCGGCCCGUGAUGAAGUCAAGGUUUUUGUCAUGGACGAGAUCUUAGUGCCCCUGAUCAAUCUCUCAACUGGCAAGGAGCUUCAAGAGCAGGAGAAGAUGAGCGAUAUCCCUGCCGACGAAAUUCGGUCCGAGGUCUUGUCGCCUUAUAUCGAGCACACUUUGUCUCAUCUUGGCAGGCUCCUCAAGCGCGGUCCUUCCCGGCCCCUCCUGAUUUCUGGCGUACAGACCCUGUCUCUGCUCGCACCGUGCGUUGAGUCCUCGGAGGAGACAACUAGUCUUAUCAGCAUCACUACUUAUCUACUCCGUCAGCCUCCAGACCGCGUCUCUCCGAGAACCAAGUCUGGCCUGCUAAAAUCUUUGGAACAUUUCUUGCCUCUCUUUAACCCGCAGGAGGAUGCUAAUCUGUCCCAAGAAGUGUUCGAAGCAGUGUCGUCGAUGUUCGAUUAUUUCAGGGACAAUGCCAACAGAGAAGUUUUGGCCCGUGUCUUUACUGCUUUCGCCAAACGCGAUGAGGAGCUUGUUCAUGUCGCUGCCCUUUGCGAGGACCUCAACUCCAUGUCUACUAAGAGACUCGAGGUGGACUAUGACCGCCGUCUGUCAGCUUUCAGGGAAGUGAAUGAGAACCUGUGGGAGAAGCUCAAUGCCAAGCAAUGGCGGCCUCUUCUCUACAACAUGCUGUACCAGGUUAAGGAUGAGGAGGAACUCUCGAUUCGGUCAAGCGCUUCGUUUGGAUUGCGUCGAUUCAUGGAACGGGCAGUUCUCAAUGAUGUUGAGGCUUUUGAGCCUCUGGUGGCAGACGUCUUAUUUCCUGCUCUGCAGAGCGGCGUUCGCCAGAAGUCUGAGCUCAUUCGAUCCGAGUUCAUCACUGCCCUUGGUUACUUUGUCAAGCUGAACCCAGAGCGUCCUAAUGUUCAGGAUAUGCACGUCUUGCUUGUCGGUGACGAUGAAGAAGCGUCUUUCUUCAACAAUGUUCUCCACAUUCAGCAGCAUCGUCGUCUGCGGGCGCUUCGCCGUCUUGCCAGCGAGGCGGCCAAAGGAAACAUCCAGGCUUCGAACAUCAGCACGAUCUUCAUUCCCCUCAAUGAGCACUUUGUCUUUGAUGAGGAAGCCGACGAGGCUACUCAUAACCUCAUCGCGGAAGCUGUAACAACUAUCGGAGCCCUUGCAGAAUGGCUGGAUUGGAACCAGUUCAGGGCUAUCUUCCGGAGAUACCGCGGUUACAUGCAGAGCAAGUCCGACAUGGAGAAGAACAUCAUUAGACUCCUGGGCAAGAUGGCUGAUGCCUUGACCAAUGCCAUGAACCAGCAUACGACGAUCAAAGCGGCGGCCAAGGAUGGAAUGGAUGGGCUCGAGACCUCUAGCCCUGUUUCUACACUUGCUCGGUCUAUCCCAUCUGUGGCCAAGGUUGCUACUGAGCUGACCACAAACUUUACCCCCUUCUUGACGGAUUUCAUCCACCACAAGAACGAGACACAGAUGAGUCUGCGUCUACCCGCUUCGGUCACAACGAUCAAGCUGCUCAAGUUGUUGCCCGAGGACGAUAUGUCCAUCCGUCUCCCACCUGUCCUCUUGGAUGUAUGCAGUAUCCUCAAGAGUCGUACCCAGGAAACUCGGGACACUGCUCGGAAGACCCUGAACGACAUUGCCCUUUUGCUGGGCCCAUCGUACUUCGGCUACAUCCUGAAAGAGCUUCGAACUACUCUCACGAAGGGUUACCAGCUUCACGUUUUGUCAUUCACAGUCCACUCAAUGCUCGUGGCGACGACAGAUGAUUUCCAGCAGGGUGACCUGGAUUACUGCUUGCCUGACUUGAGUGCUAUUGUCAUGGAUGACACGUUUGGCACAGUUGGCCAGGAGAAGGAAGCCGAGGAAUACGUGAGUAAGAUGAAGGAAGUCAAGAGCAGCAAGAGUUUCGACUCCAUGGAGCUUCUCGCGAAGAACUCCACAGUGCUUAAUCUGGCUAACCUGGUUCGGCCGCUUCAAUCGCUUCUUCGAGAGAAGCUUACCUCCAACAUUGUGAGAAAGGUCGACGAGCUCUUGCGGAGAAUUGGUGUUGGUCUUUUGAGAAACCCUGGUGUUGAAAGCCGCGAUAUCCUUGUCUUCUGUUAUGAAGUCGUCAAGGAGACGUACAGUGCACCGGCUCAGGUCAAGGCACAGGCCCCCAAGUCUCAACAGGCCGAGAACCUGGAGAUCGACCUACGCGGGUCCAAGCGGGGCGAGAAGAAGGGCACUACUUCUUCCUACAUCCACAAGUUGACGCGCUUCUCUCUUGAUGUUCUGCGUGCAAUUUUGAGCAAGUUCGGCUCCCUGCUUACGCCGGCUAAUCUAAAGGGAUUCAUUCCAAUCAUCGGCGAUUCGCUAGUACAGGCACACGAAGAAGUGAAGAUCUCGGCUCUCCGUCUCUUGUCAACCAUCAUCAAGCUCCCGAUCCCCGAGCUUGACAGCAACUCUCACGUCUAUUUCACCGAAGCAGUCAAGGUGAUCAAGGAGGCCCCGAGUACGAACACGGAGGCUGCGCAGGCAUCUUUGAAGUUGGUCUCGGCUAUGCUCCGUGAGAGAAAGAGCACCAAGCUCAGAGACGGACAUCUUGCAUACCUUCUUCAACGAGUUACUGCCGACAUCGAAGAGCCUGACCGCCAAGGUGUCACCUUCAACUUCAUCCGGGCUGUUAUGGCAAGGAAGUUCGUGGUUCCUGAAGUGUACGAACUGAUGGAUAGCAUCGCUACCAUGAUGGUUACGAACCAGACUCGUGCUGCCCGGGACCUUGCUCGUGGUACCUACAUUCACUUCUUGAUCGAAUACCCGCAAGCCAAGAAUCGCUGGACCAAACAACUCAGCUUCCUCGCCAAGAACUUGGAUUACAAGCACCAGGACGGUCGCCAAUCAGUCAUGGAGGCAAUUCACAUGCUGCUGUCUAAGACUGGAGACGAGCUGGCGCAAGACAUUGUCAGUACCUUCUUCCUUCCGGUGGUCAUGGUGAUGGCGAAUGACGACGCGCCUGAGUGCAGGGAAAUGGCGGGUACCCUACUGGGAGAGCUUUACACUAGGGCAGACAGGGAGCAGAUGAAGGCCAUGCUCACGCCUCUUCAUUCUUGGCUGGAGCAAACGGACAACAUGCUUCUCACCAGUACCGGUCUACAGGCUAUGAGAAUUUACUUCGAAGUGGAAGGCACUGAAAAGGACAAUGAGGCUCGCUUCGUCGUAGAUGUGCUCCUGGCCAUCAUGCAACCUGUCCUCAAGGCCGAGGAGACUGAAAACUGGCAAGCCCUUUACUUCUCCCUUCAGCUCUACACCAAGCUUUGCAAGUCUGUACCGGCAAUCGCGCUGGCCAAGGAGCGCACCAAGCUCUGGGCCGCUAUCCGUGAAUGCCUGUUUUACCCUCACGCCUGGGUCAAGACCUGCGCAGCGAAUCUCGUCGGCACAUGGCUUGCGGACCUGGCCAAGAACAAUGCUGCAAAUGGAUAUGGUUCAAUCCCAUUGGCUGGUUCCAUGGGAUUGUCGCUUGACAAGGACGCCAUGCUGCAGCUGAUCCGUGCCAGUUUGCGCUCUCUUCGCACCCCGGCAGUCAGCGAGGAGCUCGCCAUGCAGUCGGUUCGCAACAUUAUUUUCCUCGGCCGGUGCUGCGCUCAGAACGGCCUUGAAUUCGCCAAGACCGGCAACAAGGAACUUGACUCGGACGCUAGCGAUAGCGAGGAUGAGGCGGAGGACGAGGCUGGACGCCAAACUGGCGCCACGAAGACGGCCAUUCACUACAUCUUCGAGCAGACAUCUUCCAUCCUGCGCAGAGAGCUGCUUACCACGCGGGCUGAAUCUUUGAUUCCGAAGACCGCUUCCAUCGGUCUUUUUGCCUCGCUCUGCCGCCAUCUCGAAGUUGAACAGAUCCGUGACUCCCUGCCCGUCAUCCUCCUCCCUCUGCAGCACAUGACGGAUACCAGUAUCCCAGCUCCUCGCUCCUCAGACGAGGUCUUCCGAGAGACCUACAAGGGCCUGGUCUCCAACUGCCACGAGGUCCUGGACAUCCUGCAGAAGAAGCUUGGAACGACCGAGUACGUGCAGAUCAUGGCGCAAGUGCACGAUUCCAUCAAGGAGAGACGUGAAGACAGACGUGUCAAGCGACGGAUCGAAGCCGUCACCGAACCAGAGCGCUACGAGAAGGACAAGAGACGGCGGAACGACCGCAAGCGCGAAAAGAGAAAGGAGAAGGGAGCGGAGCAUCGCAGCAAGAGACGCGGUUGGUAG